AUGGCCUCACCAGUCUCCCGCAGUGUCUACUUCACACUGCAGCAUACAGGGACAAUUUUGUCAGCCACGUUUGAAAACGGAAAGAUAGUCAGUCAGGAUACACUUUCUGUCGGCAUUUACCCUCAAAACUGGGUCGAUGCCCUGUUAGAGAUGGAAGUAACUCUCGGCUGUUCCAAAGAUGUCGACUUUGAAUUUAAUAUGUUCAACAACCAAUCACCCGACCUAACAACUGCGAGCACAACACCUUGUUUCGUGACCCCAGACCGUGCAGCUACCCCUGUCGAUGACUAUUUCAGCGCCCUCGAAGAACCACUAUAUUCAAAAUGGAUCCAUCCUAAUAUGCAGAUGCAUCAAGGAAACACUCAGUGGCUAUCCACAAAGAAAUCGUCUCCAAUGCCUAUGCCAACACCAAGCUCGGUCAUUUGCCCCUCCGGAACCAUAAAUUCACAUCAAAUUCCUGGGGAAAAGGAGCACUGUUGUUCUCAUGCCCCAAUAGCACAGAAAGCUCCCGACUGGAGCUCCAAGCGGAUGACGAAACUACAAAAUCUAUUGACUGCUAUUUGCAAUCACCCUGUCCCAACAAUAUCGGAGCACAAUGGUCAAGUCGAAGGACUGUACAAUGGCUCCUGUCUUCCUUCAACUCUACAUGGAAUGUCCAGCGUGCAAUUUGCAGGAGCUCUCAGUCGGCUUGGCAAUGUCUCAAACACGUUGGGGUUUAUAUACGGCAUGCUUAGCUGGGAGAUUUUCAAGAGAGAAGAGGAAAGAGUGAUUAGAGAGGAAAAUCUUUCUCCUGUCCUUGCUGCGAAGAAGGUAUGGGUCCCCCUUUUCCGCUGGUCCCGUUUGUGGAUCUCAAUACCUAAUAUUUGCUCUCAGGUAAACCGACAGAUGUCAGAGCUUCUGAAGCACUCGGGGAAAGCAAAGGAUUGGGCUAGCGAUGGUCGAAAAGCCGCUAAAAUAGUGUUUGGGUCAUUGGAAGGAUGCAGCAAAGCAGUCAGGUCAUUCGCUCUUUUCCUGCUCGGCAAUGUUUGCAGCCUUGACAAUAUGCUCAAGAUUGCCCACUUCCCUAUCAUCCGGGAAAACUUCCAAAUGAGCUUUGCGCAAAUUGUUGCUGAAAGGACACCACAAUGGGAGGCCUUGGAGGCCAACAAUUACAAGGUCUUUGACUAUGCUGAAUUUCUCAGACUUCGCGGACCCCCGGCUGGAUCGUAA